AUGUCUCUAUCAGACCUCGAACAUGCAGCCACGGUUCCUAGUAAAUGGGCGUCUCUCUCAUCGAAACCGCGUAAAAGCGAGGAACCCCUAUCCAGCGCCACCACUCGCCGUCUCCACUGCCCACGGAGCUUAACAUACGAUAUCGAUGAAGAACUCGGUGAAUUUACCAGCUUCUGUUUGGUCCCUGGGGGUAGAUAUCUUGUAACGUUCGCUCGGAAUUGGGUGGCAGUUUGGGAUUUGGGAUUGAAGCCCGGACCUGACACAAUCACGGAUUUCCAGCCCCUUGGGGUGUCGGCGGUACAUUUCACGGGGAUGUUCCUCGUUCACCCCACAAUCGAUGGAAAGGGACUUCAUAUUUUUGUCUCUGCCGCUGAGCAAACGAUGUUUAAGCAGGAUUGCUAUGAAUCCUCUGUUCUUCUGAUAUACGAGAUAUAUCCUCAAAACGUCAACCCGAAAUUGGAACUCAUUGCCCGCCUGAAUCAUGUUAACACCGACGAAAUCAAUUUUUUUUCGCUUUCUAGAAAUCGCCUCAUAUUCAUGGAAGGGUCCAUUCUGAAAAUUUGGCAUUACACAAAAAACUCUUGGGCACAUUGGACGGUUGAGAAAGAUUAUUACCAGAUUAUCGUUGGUGAAUCAACAGUAACUCUGCUGUCCCCGACUGGGGUCUCUGUGUGGCCUAUUCCUGCUCUCUCCUCGUCAUCUCCACCGUUCUUAAACCAACCGCCUCAGGCGAUAUCCCCCCUUGUCACCCUUCCCUAUCCAAACCCACGUCCCUCAAACACCGACUGGUGCGAGGGACCCUGCGACUGGUAUUCGGGAACCACUCAACCUUUUCUCUACGAUCUUGUAAACUGGGAUAGUGAUUCUGAAACCAUAACAAUGCGCCGAUACGAGGUCUCAUUGGCGCAGGACCUCAAAUCCUCCGAGCUGAUCGAACGACAGGCGUUCACUUUCCAUGGCCCAGACGAGCCUGAUAUUCUGUUCCAACCUUCGGCGUUUAACGAUAAUUCCCUCGUCACGAUCUUUUUUGACUUCACGUGCGAUUCUAUCAAGCUGCAUACUGGUUCUUUCUCUGGUCCGUCUUCUCCUAACAAAGACGGUAAAUUGCCCGACCCGGAGGCAUCCGAGACUAUUACCCUCGUCAAGGGGGAGCAUAUCACAAAGGGCUAUGCGAUGGCGUUCUGUCCAAUUUCUGCACGUUUUUUAUACCUGGACAGCGAGAAGAAUAUCUGCAUUAUCGAUUACAUUUCUCAGCCUGCGUCGGAGGUCUCUUGGCUUGAUAUUCAAAGAGGCAGCCGCGACUAUCUUGUCGAUGAUGCGGUUCUGGAACUUGUUGAGACUUGUUGA